AUGGAGACCGAGAGAACAGGGUUUCAAACCAAAAAUGAGCCUCACCCAUCCCAGCUGGUAGAGGGCGGCCAUGUGAACAAAAAAGCUGGCAUUCGAGAGCUUCGUGAGGCGAUUCCGGACUAUUGCUUCACCCCCCACCUUUUCUGGUCCUUUUUCUAUCUGAUACGGGACCUGAUUUAUUCGGCUGUCAUUCUCAUCGCCUUUCACAAACUUCUUAGCAUUCCCGCGGUCCUUUCAUCCACUCCUCUCUACUACCUUGUCGUCAACAUCUAUGGCUUCUGUCAGGGGAUAGUCUGGACAGGUCUCUGGGUUCUGGCCCACGAUGCUGGCCACUCCGGCUUCAGCAACUCAUCUACUCUCAACGAUACAGUCGGCUUCGUCCUGCAUUCGUUUCUCCUUGCACCGUACUUCUCCUGGAAGUCUACCCAUCGCCGACACCACAUUUACGCCAACCACAUCGAAAAGGAUCUCAAUUACGUUCCUCCGCAACGCAACGAGUAUGCCCGCAAGAUCGGGGUCGCGGUAGAGUUCAUCGAUGAAGUCGGUGAGGAUGCUCCGGUGGUUUUGUUCCUAAGGAUCUUGCUACAACAAGUGAUUGGGUGGAACUGGUACAUUCUUUCAAAUAUCACUUGCCCUCCCUCCGCCGUCAUCAAGAAGAACAUGAGCGCUUGGCGCCAUUCGCACUUCGAUCCCUGGGGUGCGCUUUUCCGGUCUUCUGAAGUCAUGUCUAUCAUUUUGAGCGACAUCGGCUGUCUUGCCACAAUAUCCGGCCUUUAUUACCUCUAUCUCCAUCUCGGCUCCUUCGAGGCCGUGUUCUGGAUCUACAUAGUGCCGUGGACGUGGGUCAACCAUUGGAUCGUGAUGAUCACCUACCUGCACCACACCCACCCCUCAGUACCGAAAUACACCAGCGAAUCCUGGACGUUCAUCCGCGGUGCGACAGCAACGAUCGACAGAGACUUUGGGUUCAUUGGAACCCACUUCUUCCACCACAUCAGCAGCGAUCACGUCACGCACCAUCUCUUUUCCAAGAUUCCGCAUUACUACUCACCGAUCGCGAGCAAGGCUAUUAUUCCAUUACUAGGCAACCACUACCAUGGUAAAGGCACCUUUGGAUAUGACGAUUUGAAGCUGGCUUUUUCACAAUGUCAGUGGGUGGAGGAGGACAGGGAGAAAGAUGUGAGAUUUGGGCUGAGGAGUGAGGCGGAGCUUGGAGAGAAGGAGAACGUCAAGAACGGGGCCUUGUGGUACAGAAAGGGGAUCAGUCCAGGACCCGAGUAUAAGCAACGAGAGGCGAGUCUGUUUGGUACGGGUGGGAAGCUCAAGAUAGAAGAUGCCAUAUGA